AUAUGGCGGCUUAAUGUGUUGACAGAUUUUCUUUUGGUGUCAGCUGGAAAAACUCGUUAAAUGUGUGAUUGUGUAAAUAAUGAAUCAUUUGGUUCCGCUCCGUCACAUUCGCUGUUCUUUAUUUAAGCAAUCGGUAUUAUUUUCUUGGAGAAAUAUCAAGAAAUUUCGUCAAUUCACCAUGGCGAAUGAAGAAAACCUCGACCAAACACAAGUCAAGCUUCUUCAAGAGAAGUGUAUUAUUGUUGAUGAAAACGAUAAAGUUCUUGGAAGUGCCACUAAAAAAGAUUGUCAUUUGAACAAGAAUAUCAUCGAGUCAGGACUACUCCAUAGAGCAUUUAGCGUCUUUCUUUUCAACACGGAAAACAAGUUGCUUCUGCAACAGAGAGCGGACACAAAAAUAACUUUCCCAGGUUGUUUUACGAAUACAUGUUGCAGCCAUCCCUUGUUUACAGAAAACGAGCUUGAAGACAAAGAUGUUAUCGGUGUGAGAAGAGCAGCUCAGCGCCGAUUAGAGUACGAGCUUGGAAUAAAGCCCUCAGAAAUUCCACUUGACCAAAUAAGGUUUCUUACUCGAAUUCAUUACAAGGCAACUUCGAACGACAAAUGGGGUGAGCACGAAGUCGAUUACUGCCUUGUAGUACAUAAGGACGUCACCUUAGACCCCAAUCUGAAUGAGGUUCAGAAAUGGGACUUUGUAACUCCAGUUGAGCUAAAGAAGCUGUUGUCUGAAGCUGAAAACAAAGAAAGUGGCUUGCGAGUCACACCAUGGUUCAAGCUCAUCGCUCAGCGCUACUUGUUUGAAUGGUGGGAAAAUCUGAGUGAUUUGAAAGCUUUUGAAGAUUACAAUACAAUCCAUAGAAUGUAAUGGAUGACUUAAAGCUUGACGAUGAAUGAUGGGUAAUCAGGACAAGAUGCAAAAAACGUAUCUCUUUCCUCAUCACCUUUUAGUAUUAAUCUUGUCCUGAUUACCCUUGAUUCAUCGUCAAGCGUGAAGUCUAUCAAAACCUACCUUGAUGAUGUCCCUAAGAAUUUUGCUUAUAAUUGUACCUAACCUUUUUUCUGAGAUGUAAAAAUUCAAGCACAGGUAUUCCAAGCUAGGUGAGACGGGGAUUAGGACAUUGAGGAAUAACAGCUAUGAAUCACUCAAAUACCUAGCUUGGGAUACCUGUGGUUCAACCUCAGAGCCUCUCCAUUUGAUUUUCUCUGUUCUUAAAAUUUCGAUGCAAUUAGGAAUAGCUUUGUUUCUCUUAUAGUCAAAGCAUUAGGAUUAACCAAUCAAGUGACAUAUAGAUUUGAGGCUAAGCCUGCUUUAACUGGAAUUUUGACAAUAGUCAAUAGUCAUUAAUUAUAUACAUUUAAAUACAAAUAAUAUUCAUUUAUUAACUGUAAGGUGUGCAUACUCUAUACAGUUAAUCCCAUCAAAGUUGUUCAGAUUGUAAAGACCUAGACAACAACAAAGUCAUUUGCUUACAUGUAUAUCAUGCUUUAUUUUUAUUUUUUUCAAAAAAUAUUCAAGAUUACAAAUUACAAAACUACUUUGAAAUCUUACAGUCAUGUAUAUCAUGUUUUUAAUUGUUUUUUUCAAAAAUAUUCAACAUGAAAAAUUACAAAACUACUUUGAAAUGUCCAUAACAUUUAAUUUGCUACCUAUCGAAAGUUUAGAAUUACAAAAUUUUUUUGGUGGGGGAAUUUUGAAAACCUUUUUUUGCAAAUGAAGUUGUUGUCUUUAUGUCUUUACAAUUGAACGAAACAACAUUAAUGAGAUUGGCUGUAUAAAGACAUUUAAUUAAAAUAGGUAUACAGGCUUCUAAUGUAGAUUCUAGGUGUAGGGAUGUAGGGAAGUCUGACAAUAGGCGGAUCUUUGUUUACAAAAUUUUGCUAAUUAGCAUAAAGUUUAGAUUAAAGAAAACUGUAAAAUAAGUUUAUAAUGUAAAAGAGCUUAUUAAGAACUAUAAACUACGAAAGUUUGAGGACAUUACAUAGAAUAGUUUAUGAGAUAUUAGCGUUCAAAGAUGCUGAGUGGCAAAAGUGCUAAUUAGCUCAUAUAAUCUCUCUAAAAWUUGGAGUUUUUAAAACCGUUUUACGCAAAAAGUAUUUCACAUGAGAAGCUCAAAAUUACGUGGAAAGCUUAUUGUGUCAUGUUGUUUCAAUAUUCAGUGCUGAUUUACUGUUAGUUAGGUUAAAACGUUAUAUCCUUAUGCUAAUGAUAUGUUAAUGAACCGAAAUGUAAACAAAUUAUUCGCCUAUAUUCUAUGUACUGAUGGAAAAACUAAUUAAAAACUUUUUGUGUGUAUUUUA